AUGCCACCAAGCCAAGAGUUCGAGACCCCUGCUCGGCUGAGCGGCUCGCAGGCUCCCGUGGAAGCCAAUGCCUCCGACAAUCCCAUCAACACACCUGAGCUCGACGUGCCCAAGCUGCAGGCGUUACCGACCGAACAGCAAGAACUCGUUCUGCUCAAGUUCGUUUCCGGCUUAACCAAGCAUGUCCUGGCCCUCGCUGCCGACGACUGCUCGGCCCAGCAGUUCUACCUGAAGCGGGAGAUCUUCCAAAUCAUCAACCUCUCCUCGCCGCAACCGUCACGCGUCAUUCGCAAUGGCCUGGGCAAGUGCCUGGCACACAUCUUUCAGCAUGGCGACAGGAAGCUGCUGUUCGAGGCCAUCAACGAGCUGGUCACCCUCAUUUCGGGAAGCAAAUCAAAGUCGGACGGCGAGACGCGGGCGAGACACGCCGCCGUGAGCUGCCUCGGAGACGUGUUUGCCGCCGCCGGAGACAGCGCCAUCGGUCUGCAUCAAAUUUCGUGCGCGGCACUGCUCAAGAUGCUCAAGUCAUCCUCUAGCAACGCCGGCUUGCGCGCCGCCACCUUCACCGCCUUGGCCAAGGUCGUCGACAUGGUGGGGAAAUCGAUGGACGAAAUCAUAUCGCGCGACCUCUGGAAGCAAGGGCGAAACUAUGCCGCGACCGACAAGGGCGCCCUCGUUUCCGCCGCCGCCUGCCGAUGCCUCAAGUCUCUGACAAAGCACACAUCCUACUUCCGCAACUCCUCCGACCUCGACAAGCUCGAGACGGCCGUCUUCAAGGCAAUCGACUCAGCCUCGGGCCACGUCCGACAUGCCGCCGCCGACUGUUUUGCCGAAGCUCUCGUGCAAGGCUAUCUUGCCUUUGGCGUUCUCGACCCGGCCGCCGUUGCGGGAUCGAAGAGCAAGCGGCCCAAGAUGAAGUCGAAGCGCUCGCAGCUGCAAGCGGGACUCCCGGACGAUGAUGACGAGAUCCCCGUGUCGCGCUCGGCGAGCCCGGCACCUGGGGCCAAGCGCACCCAAGACCUAACACUGUCGCUUCCUGACAUCUUGAAGAUUCUCGCCAGCCAAUUCGUCAAGGGAGCCGCGUCCAACAGGGCGCGCGCCGGCAUCGCCGUUUGCUAUUCGAAGCUGUUCCGCCGCCUGGGCGAGAAUGUGAUCCAGGCCAACUAUCUGAACAUUGUCGAGAGUCUUUCCGUCGAUUUGCUUGCCCAUUCGACCGUGAGCAACAAUCGUUACCGCCUGCUGAUAUCGAGACGCAUGAUCGACACCAUCCUGCAGGACGUCGUCGGACGCAAGGUUCUUGGGGAAUCGGGCCAGGUCAAAGCUGCCCAGCAGCUGAUAAACAGCAUUCUGAAAAACUACCCUCAGACGCUCGCGGAUCGGCCGGAACCCUUGAAGCAGACCUUGAUCGUCACGCUGAACGCUGUGGCAUCCCUCAUCAAGUCCCUUGGCUCGGCUGCGAAUAGCUUUUCCGAACCCUGCCGCGACGCGCUGCUGCAGAUCCUUCAGCAUCCGAGCUACUCUGUCCAGGUGCAUGCGUCGUACUGCAUGAAGAUUUUUGUUUUCUCUUGCCCUCAGCAGCUCCUGCCCUGCCUCUCCGUCUGCAUGAACUCCCUGACGCGGGAGCUCUCCUUGCUCAAUGGUGGCCGCAGCUCUCCCAGGCGUUGCCUCGGGUUUGCCCAUGGCUUGGCGGCCACGCUCAGUGCCAGCCCCUUGCGACCUUUGCACGGCUCUCUCGACGUCAACAGCCGCGUUCUAACCAUGGCCACCGAUCUGCUCAAGCUGAGCAGCCAGUCCGAACUCCGCGUUUCAUCCACCCAAGUUCAAGUUGCUUGGAUACUUAUCGGAGGCCUGAUGUCUCUUGGCCCGAACUUUGUCAAGAUCCACCUCUCUCAGCUGCUUCUGCUGUGGAAGAAUGCGCUGCCCAAGCCGCUGGCAAGGGACAACACGUCGGCGAGGAGCCUGCUCGAGGCCUCUUUCCUCACCCACGUCCGAGAGUGUGCGCUGGGCUCCAUCAUGGCCUUCCUGCAGUUCAACAACAGGUUGCUGACGGUUGACGUUUCGAAACGUGUCGCCACGAUGCUGCAGAACACGGCGGCUUUUUUGAAAACUCUUCCGGCAAAGAGGACGACGGAAGACAUCUCUCAGAAAUUGACGCCAGCACUUCAACUGCAGGAUCUAGAUCGGAUGGUGCAGCGUCGUGUGCUGCAGUGCUACAUCAAGCUCGUCAAUCUGAGCCCCGCGGGUGGAAGUGAAGCCCUCCUUCAAUCCAACCUAUUGACCAUCGCCAUUUCCAUGUUUGCGGACCCCGAAAGCUUCACGCCAAGCUCCCUGAGUGCUUCGAUUGCUCAUGCGGCUGCCAAUUUUGAAUCGAUCUGGGAUGUGGGGGACAACAGUGGGUUCGGCAUCACCGGGCUCGUCUCCGGCUUCACCGUCAAGAAGUUGCCCGGGCAGUACGACACUUCGAUGGACAGCGAGAGGGAGGUCUCCAGUCCCGAGGAGGUCAUCGACAAUCUCUUAAAGUCCCCUGUAUGUGGCAGUCUGGAGUACGACGCCUCGGUGCUCUAUGUUGAAAGCGUGGAAGAAUCCUCAUUGAAUCCUGAUCCGCCGGCCACUGAAGUCGUCAACAAUGCCAUCCAACUCUUCGCAUUUGCCUUUCCCCUCGCCCCGGCAAAGGUUCAGGAGAGCGUGCUGGAACAGAUACGGACUUUUGCAUCGGCGGGCUCUCUCCAAAGAGACGAUGGCCGCAAGGCCGCCAUCAACGUCAACGUCGCGGCCGCAAUACUAGCCAGCAUGAGAGUUGCCGUCAAGGAGACCAACUCGUCGCCGGGAAGCAUUUCCAACCUUGCAGUGGAAAGGCUCCUGCAGGAUAUUGUUCGAGAUUUUGUCCUGGACCCUGACCAGUACGUCAGGAAUCUCGGCUACGCUGCGGAAGCAAGGCUUUGCAACAUUUACGGAAAUGCCUUCACAAACCACGAAAUCAAGUUCCUCGUCGAUACCAUUGUCGGGAAUCGCGAGCCGAGCGCUAGAGCAGGCUGUGCAAUGGCACUUGGCGCCAUCCAGACCAAGGUUGGCGGCAUGGCCGCUGGCUAUCACUUGAAGACGAUUACUGGCAUCCUCAUGUCGUUGUGCAAUGACCCCCAUCCGGUUGUGCAUUACUGGGCGCUCGAAGCCUUGUCCUUGGCGUCCGAUGCGGCUGGGCUCAGCUUCGCUGGCUACGUCCCGAGCACCCUUGGGAUGCUCGCUCAGCUGUACGUGUCCGAGACGCAUCAUCCGGAGAUACAGUCGGCCAUAACCAUGAACCUCGAAAUCGAGCUUUCUACCGUAUCGGCCAUCGCAAAAUGUGUUGAUUCCCUCAUCAACGUGCUUGGGCCCGAUCUCCAGGAUUCCAACAAGUCUCGGCAGCUCAUAUUCACGCUCGUCGAGCAGUUCCAGAGGGAAAACGAUUCUCGAGUCGAGCUGGUCGCUUUGGGAUGCCUCGAGCACCUGUCCCUCUACGCACCUGGUCAAAUGCAUUUCGGGGACUACGUGAAGCUCUUACAAAAGUACCUCGACUCUGAAACCACAACGCUGCGGGACGUGGCCGUGGAUGGUCUGUACAACAUCAUGAAGAGGGAGCCCCGAGAUGUGCUCAGGGAGGCGGAGCCAGGGUUUGAGGAGCGCCUCUGGCUUGUCCUUGACACCAUGCCAUCCCAUGACGGCAUUCGAAACCUUAUCCGGAAUUGGCUGCUUCAAACUUGCCUCAACGAGACAAGUCAAUGGUUGCAGAGGUUUCAAGGGGUGCUCAAGUUGACAAGGUCGAAGUCGCAAGAAGACGAAAGCAUGCAUAAAGCCACCGGCGAUGCUCACGACUUGCAGGACGAAGAAGUGGCCGGAUUUGCCGCCAUUGGUGGUGCUUCAAAGGAAAAAGACAACUCUACGGUAUCCGAGGCGGAGCCCCUGCGAUGGCAGGUUACAACAUUUGCCUUGAGUUGCAUCGGUGACAUAUUCACUCUCGUCAGCAAGGACUUUGCGGCGAAUGGAGACUCGCAGGCCCAAGCUGCCUUGCAAAACAAGGUCGCGGAUGUUGUCCGCAUGGCCUUUUCCGCCUCGACCUCGACGGUGUUGGAACUUCGCAUCUGGGGCUUGAAGAUUAUCGGCGCCGUUCUCAAGGCCUUCGGCAAGACUCCUGAUCCAGACUUUGAUGAAGCAAUGCUUUUGGAACAGUACCAAGCGCAAAUAAGCUCCGCCUUGACUCCAGCCUUUGCGGCAGACUCAUCCCCUGAACUGGCCUCCGAAGCUGUCAGCGUCUGCGCCAGCUUCAUAUCCAUAGGAAUCGUCACCGAUGUUGACCGAAUGGGCCGGAUCCUCAAGACGCUUGUCAACGCCCUGGAGAAUUUUUCCAGGGAUAAUGAGAACGCGGGCAUCGGGGACUUGACGGGUCUGAGCUCGAACGCCCAAGUCAUGGUCAAGAUAUCGGUCUUCUCCGCCUGGGCGGAGCUUCAGGUUGCCAGCACAGAGCAGAAGUAUCUUCUAGAAGUGCUCAAGCCGCAUAUUGGAACGCUGACCCCUUUAUGGCUCGAGGCGCUGCGAGAGUUUGCCAGGCUCCGCUUCGAGCCGGACAUCUCCAUGACCUUGGGGCCUCCCUCCCUUUCUGGUAGUCUCGAUACCAUCUACGCCGCUCUAAAUCGCGAGACCCUGCUUCGUUUUUACCAAGACUCAUGGCUCAAAUUGGUGGACGCCAUCGCCAGUCUCAUCGAACAAGACAGCGAGUUCGUCUUCGACGCGCUGGACGGGAAAGAGUCCCAUGAAGCCGCCCCCAAUGGACACUCCAAGAGUUCGGCCAUCAACUAUCGCGACGAACCCGUCGCCUUCUUCUUCGUUCUUUUUGGCCUUGCCUUUGAAGCGCUUGCCACGAAACCGAGCCAAAGUGAGUCUCUGGCGACCGAGGAGCAGACGUUGGAUAUUCUCGAGGCCUUGAAGAGAAUAUUGCAUCCCAGUGUGUCCGGCCAUGCCAUCUACCGACCCGAUGUCUUCUCCGAGACGAUGGACCUACUCGAUCGACUUGUUCUCACGGACGGGAUUAACGUCCAAGCGGUGAUAGUUAGCAUCGCCAGGGCGCUCUGCGUAAGCCAUCCUUCCGCUCGAAGACAAGCGUCAGACGAGGGGGACCUCUCCGAGGAUAUCGACCAAUUGUUUGAACUUACGAGAAUCAUCGUCCUCGUGCUCUCCGGGCUGUUGCCGAACCUGUCGGAAGGCAAUCAGCCGGUGCGGCACCAGAUGAACGAAGAGGCCUUCGCACUUGUUUGCACAUCUCUGAACGCCCUCGUCGAUGCUGCCGAGGUCUUCCCGUCCGUCAUCAGGACUGAUCUGCACGCUUGCGUCAUUCACAUAUUUGCCACCAUACUCGCAAGCCCCGGCCUUCAAGAGCUGGUCGUUCCACAAUCUUUGGCAAUUCUCAAGCGUUUUGUCGGAGGAAUGUCAAAAUCAAGCGACGAUAAAAACUCCAGUCAAGUACAGCUGCAAGGCUGCCUGCGUCGCUUUCUGUCCAUAUACCUGCAUGGCCAGAAGCGCGAGGAGCCAAGUUCUCUGGCCUGCGUCAGGAACUGCCUUCUAGCCAUGACGAUUCUCUUUACGAGCGGGAAAAAUACGCUACCUGCCACGGAGCCUCUCGUGGCCCGUUAUCUCGAUGAGGUCUUGGACUGCCUCACGGAUCGAAUGACGGCCAAGAUUGCGGCCAACUGCAUCCGCUCGCUGCUGUUGCAACCGAAGCCAACACCCGCUGACCUGUCGAUGGCACGCUACAUGUUGCCUCGUCUCGUCACUUUCGUGGUCGACGUAGAGCCCGAGGACCCCGAGCAAGCUCGGUCACUGCUGGCUCAUACGCUCUGCCUUUAUGUCGGUACGCUGCAGGCGGACCGGAGAUUGCCGGCGCUGGCACUGGUCAUUCCUAUGCUCAUGGCUCGGGCGACCAGCGAAGGGGAGGAGGUGUACAAGCAGACGAGCGACAGCUUACUUGGGCUGGCCGCGGCGGAUCAAGGGGGUUUCAAAGCAAUUGUUGGCGGCAUGAGCAGCAACCAGAGGGCGCUACUUGAAGAAAUUAUCCGAUCAGGACAAAUGGCGGCGGGAAACUCACGCAAGGUCUCUGCCGACAAUUCUGGGCAACCGAGCAUCACUUUGAAGAUGGACUUUGGGGGCUGA